AUGCGCCGAAUGCGUUAUUCGAGCAAAAGAGUGACAGCCGGAAGUUCGUUGGCCAGCUUUUCUCUUUCUAUCUUUCUUUUUUUCUUUCUUUUUUCUUUCUUCCUUCCUUUCUAUCUUUUUUCUUUCUUUCCUUCUUUUUCUUUCUUUCUUUCAUUCUUUUUCUUUCUUUUUUCUUUCUUUCUUUCUUUCUUUCUUUCUUUUUCUUUCUUUCUUUCUUUUUCUUUCUUUCUUUCUUUUUCUUUCUUUAUUCUUUCUUUUUCUUUCUUUCUUUCUUUCCUUCUUUUUUCUUUCUUUUAUUUUUCUUCCUUUCUUCCUUUCUUUCUUUCUUUUUUUUUCUUUCAUAAAUUUUUCUUUCUUUCCUUCUUUUUCUUUCUUUCUUUCUUUCUUUCUUUUUUUUCUUUAUUUUUUCUUUCUUUUUCUUUCUUUCUUUGCUUCUUUUUCUUUUUUCUUCUUUCUUUCUUUCCUUCUUUUUCCUUUUUUCUUUCUUCCUUUUUUUCUUUCUUUCUUUCUUCUUUCUUUUAUUUCUCGCUCUCUUCUCAUAUCUUUUUUCCUACUUUUUUGUUUUAUUUUAAUUUUCUCUCUUCUCUUCCUGUUUGGACUUUUCUUUCUUUUCUUCCUCUCUCCUACAUAGGUUUUCUUUCUUUUUUUCCUUUUUCUUUCUUUAUUUCUUUCUUUUUCUUUCUUUCUUUGCUUCUUUUUCUUUUUUCUUCUUUCUUUCUUUCCUUCUUUUUUCCUUUUUCCUUUUUUCUUUCUUCCUUUUUUUCUUUCUUUCUUUCUUUUUUGUUUUCUUUCUUUUCUUCCUUUUUCUUUCUUUCUUUCUUUCUUUCUUUCUUUCUUUCUUUCUUUCUUUCUUUCUUUCUUGCUUGCUUUCUUUUCUUCUACUUGCUUACUUCUCUCUCUCUCUCUCUCUCUCUCUCUCUCUCUCUCUCUCUCUCUCUCUCUCUCUUUCUCUCUCUCACACUCUGCUCUGUCCGAUGGGGACAACAGUCCGAUCUAUCUAUCUAUCUAUCUAUCUAUCUAUCUAUCUAUCUAUCUAUCUACAGUCUUUUUAUAUCUAUCAAUCUAUGCCUGUUCUUAUCUAUCUGUUUAUCUAUGUAUGUAUGUAUCUAUCUAUCAGUUUCUUCCUAUCUAUCUCAAACUGUUCUAUCUAUCUCUAUCUAUCUAUCUAUCUAUCUAUCUAUCUAUCUAUCUAUCUAUCUCACCUCUCUCUCUCUCUCUCUCUCUCUCUCUCUCUCUCUCUCUCUCUCUCUCAUUAGUGACAAGCGGAAAAAAUGUCUUGAAAAAAAACGGGUAGAAGCCAACUUCCGAUCAAUAUCUAUUUAUCUAUCUAUCUCCCGCGUCUAUCUAUCUAUCUAUCUAUCUAUCUAUCUAUCUAUCUAUCUAUCUAUCUAUCUGUCUGUCAUAAAAAUUGACUCGAAAGCAAGAGAACUUGCGGUUACAUCUAACCAUUUCAUCUAUCUAUCUAUCUAUCUAUCUAUCUAUCUAUCUAUCUAUCUAUCUAUCUAUCUAUCUCAUAUCUAUCUCUAUCUCUAUCUAUCUAUCUAUCAGAGACUCUAUCUAUCUAUCUAUCUCUAUCUAUCUAUCUAUCUAUCUAUCUAUCUAUCUAUCUAUCUAUCUAUCUAUCUAUCUAUCUAUCAUCAGAGACUAUCUAUCUAUCUAUCUAUCUAUCUAUCUAUCUAUCUAUCUAUCUAUCAGACUGCUCUCUCUAUCUAUCAUCUAUCUAUCUAUCUAUCUAUCUAUCUAUCAUCUAUCUAUCUACUACUCAUAUCUAUCUAUCUCUCUAUCUCCCUCAUCUAUCUAUCUAUCUAUCUAUCUAUCUAUCUAUCUAUCUAUCUAUCUAUCUAUCUAUCUAUCAGAGACUGCUCAUAUCUAUCUAUCUAUCUAUCUAUCGUUUACUGA